UUGUAUUGCUACCAUCCACAAAAAAGGCCAUAAUUGUUUUCCCCAUUCAAUACAGAGAUGCUAGCUACCCUGGCCUGGCCUACCAGAUGAGUGCAAGGUGUGACAGCACGAGCCGCGUUUGAGAAAUUCCCACCGUGCAUAGGGUUUCGCAGCUAGCUAGAACUCGUAGCUACCUCACUUGCUUCAGCACGUUAGAUUUAACAUAUAUAACGUUAGCGAAUUAAAGUAAUGUGAAUUAGAGGAAAGGUACCCGACCUACUAUUUGACAACUCAAGACAAAAUACAUUCACUUUCUGCUCUGUUAGCUAGCUAGCUGAGACGGGGGCAGAGGUAGAAACGUCUUCGCAACGCCAAUUAACGUAUUGAGUUUGUUAGCUAAGCUUUGCUAACUGAGGGAGACCCUACACAAGUUGUCCAACAACCCUCUAAUGGAGUUGUUGUGUCACGAGGAUGGACAAUUCCAAGACGCCUCAGAAAGCACCACCGAAUAUAUGAAUUCCACUGCUCUUCGGGCCAGCUCUGACCCGACCUUGACACGGGACCAUCGAACAUUGCAGAACCUUCUGUCACUGGAAAAGACCAGUCGGGCCUCACCAUCAUACUUCGGCACGAUUCAGACAGACAUUCAGCCAUAUAUGCGGAGAAUAUUGGCAGUAUGGAUGCUACAGGUUUGCGAGGAGCAGAAGUGUGAGGAAGAGGUGUUUCCUUUGGCCAUCCACUAUCUGGACUGUUACUUGAGUCGCUUCCCUGUUCAAAGGUCCAACCUGCAGCUUUUAGGUGCUGUUUGCAUGUUCCUGGCCUCAAAACUGCGAGAGACGGUACCCCUGAGUGCCAGCAAGCUCUGCAUCUACACUGACAAUGCAAUUACAGUGUCAGAGCUCCUGCAGUGGGAACUUGUGGUGGUGGCAGGGUUAGAGUGGGACCUGGCUUCUGUGUUACCCUCUGACUUCCUGGAGCAAAUUCUUCAUGGCAUACCCAUAAUCCCUCACAACCUCCAUGCCUUGCGCAGGCAUGUCCACUCCUACAUUGCACUGGCAGCCACAGAGUUUAAAUUCUCUGUGUUCCUGCCCUCCACUAUUGCCUGUGCCAGUGUGGGCGCUGCCAUUCGCAGACUGAAGCUCCUGGAAGGAGCUCUAUCCAAUGAUUCACUCAUGCAGUUGCUAGCCAACAUCUUGGCCAUUGAUCUGGAGUCUCUCUGCUGCUGCUCUGACCAGUUGGAGGGUGUGCUGGAGCUCAGCCUGCCCCCCUGCCCCCAGGCACCAGGGGCUUGCCGUUCAGGGACACCCGGCCCAGAGGUCAGCUACACUCCCACUGACAUCCAGGACGUACACCUGUCACCACUGGGCUAGAGAUGACACCAAGCAGACAAUCACUUUAACUGCUCUCUUAACAAUGACUGGGGCUUAUUUAUACCGUAGUGACUAUAAUGAGACAGGCGUCUUAACUACCCCGUAAGACUAUUUUUGGCAGUCACUAAAACAAAGAAUGUAUGUGAUAAGAAGAAACAUGUCUUAUAAGCAAUACGGUGUUCACACAUGAUGAAUUGUGGAGAUCUUUUGCUAAAAUGUCAAAAGUUUUUUUUCUGUUUACAUUUUACAGCGUGUUUGAGUUCUUUGUCGUUGCUAUGCUGUUGCUGCUAAGGUUUUUUAAGGACGUUUUAAAACUUUGAAGUUACUGUCGCUAGCGUCAGGGAACACCGUUUCUCACUGCUCUCUGAAGUUACCACAGAGGGGUAUCUUUUUAUCUUAAACAUGCUAUUUGUGAUAUUGCCAGAAGUAUUACACUGAAUUUCCAUUUCAAUGUUUGCACUGUGUGAGCGGUGUUCUCUGAAUACAUUAUGAAUUAUAAAAAUGCUGCUUUUCAUGGAGUUGUAUUUAGUACCCCUUCUGACAUCUCUCAUCCUGCAAACAUCAGUCACUCAAGACUGUUACGAGUGUUGUAAUACACCUCUAGAUGUUGGGUAAUGCCAGCAGAGUUUGAUAAGCACAAACAAUGCCAUGCAUUGU